AUGUCGACUGCCAUUGCAAAUCCGCCUCAUUUGGCCAUCCUGUACGGAAGUCCGGAGAUUAGCCCAAAUCUUGUAGCGCGCACCGGACACCCGCAUCGGGACCAAAAAGGCUUCCGGAUUCCAUUCGAUAAUCAACAUGGCGUGAUGCCAGCAGCAGUAGUUCUUGUGCAGGUACCUGUAAGCCGAUGA